CAAGCACCUGCCAGUCAGAUAAGGUCCAGCGGGAUGUUCAGACCUGGUCGAAGCCUCUUUGAAGUGUCAAGUUCAGAGGAAUGUUUUACCAAGAAGGAAUAAUGAAAUCGAUCACGUUCCAAGGGUAGGAAUGGUGUGCAGGAAUACACUGGCAUGUUACACAUCACCUUUGUCAUUUGGUUUAAUAGUUUCAUAUACAUGACCCAGGAGGGACCUUUUUAUACUAAAUUAUUCAUGCCAUGUUGAAGUUCAUAUUCAGUCAGUAUGCCCUGAACUACUUAUGACAGAUGUAUUAUACAUGUAAAAAAAAAAAAAUACUGUAAGACUAACCAAAGAGUUAACCAUAGACUUCAUAAUAUAUUGACGGGGCGCGGGGCUGAUUAAUAGGGGCCUAUCUGCGUCAAAGCUGACCGGGCGCGGGGCCGAUUAAGCUGACCGAGUGGAAACAAAGACCUUUUUACUAGAGGUGUGCACAAUUUCCGAUUCUUAGAUAAUUCGCGAUUCGGCCGUGGAAGAUUCGAGAACGAUUCACAAACAUCCAAAUUCCGAUUAUUGAAAUAUGCCAAGUAAAGCGGAAGUACAACACACUCAGCGCGCCGCGCGGUCUUCAGGGCGCAACGAGGAAGAACGCAGCGAGAGUAGCUAAACAUCAUGCUUCUCAUUACCCGGCCCCUCGGGUAAUGCCAAUGCUCAACUCACGGCUCUAGCUCAACUCAUGCCACGAGAUAAAAAAACACAACAACAUACCUGACUGCUGCCGAAAAGCUGCUACAAAGUACGUCAUCCACAUAAUGUAAUGGUAGAUAUCAUUUAUAUAGGACUAGAUGCACCAUUGAUUCGGUAGCGUGAGCAGCACAUCUACAAAAAGCUAGAUGCGGCCGUUAGUAAACGGCCGUCAUCUUAAAGCAGUACACUUCCCUGCAAGGCUGUUGUAGCGAACCUUCCAAGCAAACCUAAUUAACUUUUUAUCUAAAAUACAGUGGUACCUCUACAUACGAUCACUUCGACACACGAUCUUUUCGACAUCCGACGUAAAAUUUGAGCCGCCAUUUGUUUCUACAUCCGACGAGUUGCUCGAAAUACGACGACAUGACAGCACUGCAAACGAACGCACGGUGAAUUUUCUUGUGUGAGAAAUCAACACAGUUUUCAAAAAAAGUUGAUACAGUUGGAGAAACAAGGAAAAAAGUGAUGCUUACCUUUGAAAUGAAGAUGCAAGUUAUAGAAAAAUAUGAGCUUGGGGUGCGCGUCUCUGAACUGGCUCAACAAUACAGCUCCAUGGUCCUCUUCCGACCACCGUUCGCCACUAUUUAUAAGUUAAGGUGACAAUUAUUAUUGUGGUAACAUUGCCAAGGAAAUCGCCAGCUUCGUCACGUUUUUAUCAUUUAUUUAAGAACUUAUCCAACACAAAACGCCCAUUGUCUUAAGCAGUUGACUGCUCUCAAGAAAACGAAAGUAUUAUCUCUACCGCACCGACCUAUCUCACUGAGACGUCAGCUUCGCGGUGCGUUCAGGGACAGUAAAAAGUGUCCGCCAUAUUAGAAUCCGAUUCGUUACAUUAUUUACAGGAAUAAUUAUUAAUUAUUAUUCUUAUUAUUAUAUUAUUCUGAAUGAUUUAUUUAUAACUUAUUUGUUUUUCUAUGUUUAAUUGCCAUUUGUAACAGUGCCAGCAGUAUUUAUUAAGAAUUUAGUGUAUGUUUUUAGGCUUUGGAACGAAUUAAUGGAAUUAUAAUGUAUUCCUAUGGGAAAAUACUGCUCGACAUACGACCAUUUCGACUUACAAACAAGGUCCUGGAACGAAUUAAAUUCGUAUGUAGAGGUACCACUGUACUCCUAAAUCGGUAAAAUAUUGACUUGAAUCUAUCUUUAAAAUAGUUUUAAAACUUUCACAUGUCAAAAGUAGACAAAAGGGAAAUUAUGGAAUAACGGGAGCAAUUUUAACUUUAACAGUUGAUUCACAACAUUAAUUGAAUGUAGUUUAAAGCUGCUGUUACAGAAUGGGGACUGGAGUUUUUUAUUUACUGUUAUUUUUGUAUAUUUGUUUACUGCUAUAUGUUAACUUGAUACUGAAAUAGUAGUUUGGUUUAGCCUGAGAGGAUUUUUGAACAAUUUUGGAACUAAUGUACAAAACAUUUAACUUAAAAAAAAAAAAAAAAAAAAAGAGGGGGGGUGCAUCAAUAAUCGUUUUAUAAUCGAAUCGGAGCCUCUGAAUCGUAAUCGAAUCGUUAGGUGCCCAAAGAUUCCCAGCUCUACUUUUUACGUUAAAAAUUCUUGUGAAUAAAUGCUUAAAUCCCUGAAUUCUUAAUAGAUUUGGACCUAAAACUGUCUCGAUUCUUGGUUAAAAGCAAAAAAAGGGCAGUUAGCAUUUAUUUUACAUAUAUAUGUCGAAUAUGCUGCUAGUCUUCAAGCCACUGUGGCGCCAACUUAUCACCGCAAAGAGCGUUUUACGUUGAAAAUUCUCGUGAAUAAAUGCGUAAAUCUCUGAAUUCUUUAUAGAUAUGGACAUAAAAUGGUCUCAUGGCAGGCCAUGAGGUAAAUACUGUGAAUUUGAAAAACAACACUUUAGAUAGUGGUAUUGUGGAAAUAACGAGUGAAUUUGUUUUUAUUCAUUUUAAUUUUAUGAAUUUUAUUAAUGUUAUUAAUAAAUGUAUUCAUAAAAUAAUAUAAAAAUAAUAAUAAUAAUGAAUCAUAAUCAAAAUAUAUGUCACGUAAGCCACUUGUAUAUGGCGGAAAACACUCAGGUGACUCCGCUCUGAGACCCCCAAUUUGUCAAAUUUCAAAAUUGUCCUAUAUGCAUGUAUGAUACAUCAAUGGAAAGCUUAAAAUCUGAAUUUUCUAGGGGAUGAAAAAUUUUGAACAGGAGGGCAUUUAAAAAAAUUAAUAAACAGCGAAACCCUAACCGUAGGUAAGAGCUUUAGAGAGUAUAAUUAAAGACGCCAUGAUUUUAACGCGAUAUUAUUUGCAUACUUGUUUCAGUUCAAAAACUCCAUGUAGCAUGUAUCACUGAGUGUCAAGACACAGCUGUGAAUGGCCACAGCCGGAUUUUGGGGGGAUUUUGUGGGUGAAACAUGGUAAUAUAACAAGGUUCGCGAUGCAGAAAUCACAGACAUCAAAGAGUGGUCGAGAUUUUCAUAUAUUUACCCUUUAAUUUUUUUUUUGUCUUCUUUGUUUGGAACAAUUAUUUUAUCUAAAAUAUCAGGGGAAAUGCGACAGUAACAAAAAAAAUACAAUUAAUCGAUAGUUAUGAGGUAGAUAUCCGUUACUUAUUUACAAUAUUUUUUUUUUCAUUGUGACGUAAUUUGUUUAAAAGAUCCGAGUGAACAAUUUUUUAAAGUACUUUUAAAAAAAAACUAAAUAUUAGACAUCAAUUAAUGAUUCUAAGCUAAAAAUUACAGACAUUUCGAAUAAUAAUUAUAGUUACUCAGCUUCUUUUUAUGGCUAGGUUGAAACAAAAGCGGUUGCACCGUGUCUGUAAACGGGGGUCUUCAGGGUAAAACGGACAAAUUAAAAAUAGUUCAGUGGCUUAAUGUGCUAUGAAACUGCUAUGGCAGCAUAGAGACAUUGUUCUAUCAAACACAACAGUUCUUUUGGCCUAAAAUACAGCAGUUUAUUAUAAAGAAGGGUGCAAGAGCAGGGAACUGCUUUUUUAGCCAUGUCUGUGUUUUCCGCCAUAUGAAAAGCUAAUAUUGUGCCUUACACCUUACUUAUAUGGUGGACGCUAGGUUUUUAAUUAAUUUUUAGUGAAAUUGUCUUUUUUAAUUACAAAAAAAUAGUCACUAGUCUAAUAACCAAAAAAUAGUCACGUGUCUCAUAAAGGGUUAAACUCGUAAUCUUCCUCGGCAAAAAACUGAAAAACCGAGCGAACGUAAAAGCCUCAUAGCAAACCCAAACCAACACUUCUUCUCAUUGGCUGCAAUAAUGUAACAUGACAAAAAAAUUGUUUAUGGAUUAAUUAAACCACUGUUCAUUGAUUAAUUAAGCCCCCCCGCCCCCAUAAACACAACACAAGCAAAAUUGGUCGUCCUCCAAAACAAAUUUACUUUUUUAAUACAUCAGAGAAACGUAGAGGACGUGUGGAGUGAAUGUGGCUGGAAAUAUAUGACGUCACACUCACACGUGUUACCGAGUGUUGAUUAUUGUAUUCACACGUGACGAAGCCAAACCUCAGCGGCUGAGUUACACGAAGUUUAAAAAAAAAACAAAAACAAAAAAAACAUGCACAAUGUGUUAAUACGGAAAUUCCAAAGGCGAAAAAUUUGAGAACGAGACAAACUAGAAAUUUAAGAGAAGAAAAAAGCCAGUGUGAACGAGGUGACUUGAACUUACCGUAGACGGACCGCCACCAAACUACGAGACCAGUGAGGCCCAGAAAGAUGAAGACGCCUCCCAUGACCGUCUCCCACUCCGCGGUGGGCUGCUUCAUCUCUGGCGGCAUGCCGUGUUACUGCUUGGAAGGUUGAGAGGCAAACAAAGAGCAGAGAAGAACUAGCACUGAUAACACUGGAAAUCUUGAGAAAGCGAGCCAAAUGGGCGCCGUUCCACCAAAUUGAUUGAUUUGGCAUUGCGUGCAUCCUCUGUUGUUGCUGGUUGUCUUCCCGGUUGUGAAAGGAAUGGAGUUUGUGUUGGAUCACAUCUGGACACGUUGACGUUGGGAUUUUGUUGUUCGCCAGCUGAUCUCUGCUUGAAGAGUCUGAGCGGUGACCCCGAUAGACGGCUUAACCCCCCCACUGGGUCACCACCGAGUCCGACAGCGGUGUCUUAGACCGGCCCAAUGUGGAAUUUGACCCUGACCGACCCUGUUCACCAAAAAGCCUUUCACUGAGGCCGGCCAGGGUGGGGGGGAAAGGGAAGAAGGAUAGAAGAUAAAGAGAAGUGAGAACAUCAGCAUACAGAGAAGUAUGCCAGUGGAGACUCUGCACCCCUCAGACGGCCGCCUGGCAGCGGCUCCCUUCACCUCCGCCAUGCCGUUCAGGAUACUACAUAAGGGGCCCGACUACUUUCGACGCCAGGCUGAACCAGUUACCAGAAAGCUGAGCGCGGUAGAGCGUCUUGAGGCGGACAAGGCCAAGUAUGUCAAGAGCCAGCAGGUAGCGCUGACACGGCAGGCGCCAGUCAAGCCGCCAAUCAUCCGCAAACCUCUCGUUCCCCCGGCCAUGAUCCUGCAAUGCCAUAUGGGUGCUCCCCCUGCCCGAAAAGUUCUAAGGUGCCCCGCUAGUGUGGACAGUGCGGGCACAAGGGAAGGAUCAGGAGGGAGACGAGGACCCCCUCUUAAUUUGGAUAUUCUGAACAACCUUAUCAAUGACGUAUGUGAGGGCCCACUGCCCUCCUCGCAGUCGUCAUCAUCCACCUCCCCGUCGUCCUCGUCUCCUUCAUCAGGAGCCAAAAGCAUCGGCAGCAGCUUGUCGGCUGAGCACGAAAGGAGCAGCCGACUCCUGAACAACCUCAAACCACAGAGCGCCACCACUUCCUCAUCCACCUCCUCCUGCACGUCCUCCCCUCUCAACCCCAGUCAUCGUCCUCCACCCAUUCCAGCACGGGCUCCCCGCAUCUUCGUCCCUUCGGCCUAUGUCUCUCCGAAUACCGUCACGGUACGCAGAGUGGAUGUCCGACCCCACGCGGAAUUCGGGAAGCCCCAGAGGCCCCGACUCAGACCUCGACAAACUGCCCAGGGUCAAGUACCCCACCCCCAGGUCCCCCCACCACCUCCGCCAGCCCCCCAGAACCCAGCGCAGUCCAAAUCCAACACCACCACACGAACCAUGCCCUCACCUCCUUCUCAUCCGGCAGCUAGUCCGAUGCUGGUCCGAGCGGGCAUGAUCCCGCCGGCCUCGCCCGCUUUCACCCGCCUGUCCAACGCCAGUUCCAAGGGCUCUGCCCGUAAGCACCCUUCGUUGCACCGCUCCAAGUCAGACCUAAGCGACCGCUAUUCCCGGGCCACAGCAGACCUGGAGCGCUUCUUUAACUACUGCGGGCUGGAUCCCGACGAGGUGGAGGGCAUGGGUGGAGUGGAACGCUUUACUAGGGCCAACUCAGACAUCGUGUCCAUCUCCAAGAUGCGCAGUGUCAGCACGCCAAGCUCAGAGUGCGCGGACGAGGUGGAGAGAGGCCGGGAAGACUAUGAGGACGACGACGAGGACGGGCCCGCCAGAGGUAACCAGCGCGUCCCCUACGGCAUCUCUGUCAUCGAGAGGAACGCCCGAGUCAUAAAGUGGCUCUACGGCAUCCGACAGGCACGAGAUGCGAACGGCCCCGUUUCGAACGUAUAGACUAUAAUUCCACUUUUUGUAUUUAUAUGAAGAAGGGAAGCCAGUCUUUUCAUCUUGCGUGGCCUUACAUCCUUCAUAUUUCCGAUGAAGACACAUUUGAAGACAUUUGAGGUCCACUUCCCCUCCUUUUUGACUUAAACAAUGUUACAUUGUAUCUGUAAGCAAUAAUAGACGGACAAGAAUGGUCCAUCAUGCAAAGGAACGGUACUCUUUUAGUGUGAAUGUGCGUGUGAGUUAGCACAGAGAACCUUGCCAAUGCUGUGAAAAGUCACAAAAAGCUUCCAUUAACACAUUUUGUAUUUUUCAAACUCACUUUUGGCUGAAAGACUGUUAUUGUACUCGUUUCUGUUGGCAUGCAAGUGUAAUGUUUGUGUACAUUUGGCACUUUAUGUCAGCAAAGCACGCUUGUAAUACGUAACUUUGUUGCACCAACACACAUUUUUCAAGUCAUACAGCAUCACCAUGCUAGCAGCGUACAUUUGUGUGUGUGUGUCAGAUUUGAUACACGGACACACUCAUUUUUGGGAUUAGGCUGUGGGAUAAAUCGUGUUUACCACGCAUGUCCCAGCACAGAUCUGGUAAGAUGAAGAACAAGUAGCAUGAAAAAAAUUAAUAAAUUCCCUGUCGUAUACAAAACGGGUUCGAUCGGGGUGGGCGAUGUGAGAGCUUUUUAUGCAUCCCACCAUGCAAUUUUAAAAACCUAAAACCUCUGUGGAGCUGUUGUAGAAAGCCCCACAUCACUUAAGCCACAAAUGUUCAUAAUAUAAGAAUAAAAUCAGAUUUCCCUCCCCAUAAUCCCUCAGAGGACUUGAGCCCACCCCUGUUAAAUGUAUACUAAAGAGUUCACUCAUGGAUUAAAAAAAAAAUCUAAAUUCUCUCAGGAAAAGUAUUUGGCAUGCUAACACAAAUGGACCAAUAUUUAUUUUAAACGUAAUUUAGUAUUCUAUGUAUUUUUCAAUACUUGUACAACACUGUACAAUCAAUACUUGCGUACAGAAUUCAAUCGGAAGUACAAUCUAUUCAUACUUACUACGAAAAUGAUGUACACUUGCAGUCAAACGUUUAGAGACACUUAGCCAUUCAGUCGGAUAAGAAUUUGUCUCAAAACUUUUGACUGCGGGUGUAGGUUACAUUGGAAGAGACUCACAUGUACAAAUACAGUGGUGCAGCAUGUGUGGAAAUGUGAGCCACAUGUGGGAUGGACACAUGUGAGCAUGUCUACAUCCUACCACAAAGUUUUUCUGCCAGGACAUUCCUCUUUUAAGAUGUCAUGUACACAGGUUUGACAGUAGCCAAGAAAUAUGGAUGCCCAAAGAGUCCAGAGGUCCGAAAGGCUUUAAAAUGGUGUAUUUGAAACAGAUUAAAACACAGUUCUAAAAAAAA